ACCACCAACGGGCAGCCGGCAUUGACAUCAGAUGAACUGGACAGUUAUCGGCGGCGGAAGCUUUUCUGUCAGACUUUAGUGGGACUGCUGAGAUCUAGCGGAGGGAGAUAAAAUGUCUUUCCACUUCUACGAGAUGAGCAGUAAACUGCUCGGCGACACAGUCGGCAAAAUGAGCGACAACCUGACCUCCGUAGUGCUGGCGGCCUCCGUCAUCACGCUCACUCUGGGCUACAUCUCCAAGGUGCUGCUCAAACAGCCGUCCGGUGACAACCAUCUGAAAUAUCCACCGUACAUCCCCUCCAGCAUCCCCUUCCUGGGUCACGCCAUUGCAUUUGGGAGAAGCCCCAUUGAGUUUCUGGAACAAGCUUAUGAAAAAUACGGGCCUGUCUUCAGUUUCACCAUGGUGGGGAGUACGUUCACUUACCUGCUGGGCAGCGAAGCUGCCACGCUGAUGUUCAACAGCAAGAACGAGGACCUGAACGCAGAGGACGUCUACUCCAGACUCACCACUCCGGUGUUUGGCAAAGGAGUAGCUUACGAUGUGCCGAACCCUCUCUUUCUGGAACAAAAGAAGAUGUUGAAGACUGGACUGAACAUUGCUCACUUCAAGGAACAUGUGAAAAUUAUCGAGGCGGAGACCAUCGAGUAUUUUCAGAGAUGGGGAGACAGCGGGGAGAGAAACCUGUUUGAGGCCUUGUCUGAGCUGAUCAUCCUGACGGCCAGCAGCUGCCUCCACGGGAAGGAGAUCCGCAGCAUGUUGAAUGAGCGAGUGGCCCAGCUCUACGCCGACCUGGACGGGGGAUUCAGCCACGCCGCCUGGCUGCUGCCCGGCUGGCUGCCGCUGCCCAGCUUCAGGAAAAGGGACAGAGCUCACGUAGAGAUCAAGAACAUCUUCUUCGAAGUGAUUCAGAAGCGCAGACAAUCAGGGGAGAAAGUGGACGACAUCCUGCAGACACUCAUCGAUGCCACCUACAAAGACGGACGGCCCCUGAACGAUAACGAGAUCGCGGGGAUGCUGAUCGGUCUCCUCUUGGCGGGUCAGCACACGUCCUCCACCACCAGCGCCUGGCUGGGUUUCUUCUUGGCCAGAGACCAAGCCCUGCAGGAGCGCUGCUACGCCGAGCAGAGGGCCGUGUGCGGGGACGGACUGCAACUCGACUUCGAUCAGCUGAAAGAUCUCAGCUUGCUGGAGCGCUGUUUAAAGGAGACCCUGCGUCUCCGCCCGCCAAUCAUGACCAUGAUGAGGAUGGCUCGCACUCCACAGACCGCUGCAGGAUACACCAUCCCUGUGGGCCACCAGGUCUGCGUCUCCCCCACGGUCAACCACCGUCUGCAGGACACCUGGGUGGAGAGGAUGGAGUUCAGCCCUGAUCGCUACCUCAACGACAACCCUGCUGCAGGGGAGAAAUUUGCAUAUGUGCCAUUCGGAGCCGGUCGCCAUCGCUGCAUCGGGGAGAACUUUGCCUACGUCCAAAUUAAAACCAUCUGGUCCACUUUACUUCGCAUGUACCACUUUGACCUGGUGGACGGAUAUUUCCCUACCAUCAACUACACCACAAUGAUUCACACCCCUCACAACCCCGUCAUCAGGUACGAGAGGAGAAAACAGUGAGGGGAGGAGCAAAGACACGAGGAAACCGUCCAACAUCCGUCGUGUUUGGACUGAAGCUCGGACUUCCUGGGACUUGAAUUCAGGAACAUUUAGAUGAACACACUUUAAGCAGUUUUUGCGCUUUUUACGAAACUCUUUUCCCUUAAACGCCAACAAUUGUUGUUUCCAGAGAUAAUUACUCUGACUUGAACACACGUGCUAUUAUUCACAAUGUGUAAUAAUGGUGAGUGGUCCCUUGAUGGAGGAAAACAUGAAUGCACCUUGCUGGGAUGGCAAGUGUUAUUCAGUAGAUGAGUGUCUUAAUUCAGCCCAUAUUCUAGGUAAUUUUAGGGUGAAGUUGGAUUUUUUUUUGCAGCAGUUAUCCAGUGAACUUUGACUUUCUCAUAAGACAAACUGCAUUGUGGCCUUUAUUGCAAUCAGCCGAUCCGAUUUAAGAAUUUUCCUUUAAUAAUGUCUUAACAUUUAAAAUAGCAGGGGCUAGUUAAACUGCACAAGCUGCUUUGUUCAUAGGACUUGAAUCAAACUCUGUAAAAUGUAUUUUCCUCAAAGAAUGUUGUGCUCAUGACAUUGUGUUUCUUUUUAGCCAUUUUUGAUUUUUAUAUUGUGUUCGAGAAAAAAAAAAUGGUCGCCUUUAAAUUUCAUCUUUCAAUAAAGAAACCUGGAAAAAUCA